AGUCCGGAAGUGCCGUGUCGCGUUGCAUGCUGGGGAAGCACGUGUGGGUUUUUUUUGUCCGCCAGCUUUCGCGUUCCGAAAUUCUUGACGGCGGCGGCCAUGUCGUCCCAAAAGAGCGGCGAGGAGGAAGACGGGGCGCCGGCGGACGCGCGCUUCUCGCGCGUCCGGCGGGACCCUCGGUUUUGGGAAAUGCCCGAGCGCCAGCGAAAGGUCGCCAUCGACAAGCGCUUCGCGUCCAUGUUCCACGACGAGCGCUUCCAAGUCAAGUGCGAGGUGGACAAGCGGGGGCGGCCCGUCCGCCGCUCCGCCGCCGAGGACCUGCGACGCUUCUACCAGAUCCCCGAAGGCGAAAGCGAUCAAGGCCGCCCGGAUGAGGACGACGACGAGGAGGAGGGGCGAGACGAGUCAGACGACGAAAGCCGAGCGGGCUCGUCGGGCGGCGAGGAGGACGAGGGGUCGUCGAACUCGGACGGUCCGGACCUGGCUCGCGGCCAGGGCAACGUGGAGACCAGCUCGGAUGAGGGCGAGGAGGCGGAGGAAGAGGAGGAGAUCCAGCACGACUGGGGCGAACUCUGCAAGGACGCUGAGCGCAGCGAGCAGGUUUGGCGCCGGCUGGCCGUCUGCAACGUGGACUGGGACCGCCUGAAGGCCAAAGACCUCCUGGCCACGCUCGACUCCUUCAAGCCCGAAGGGGGCGCCGUGCUGUCCGUCAAGAUUUACCCGUCGGAGUUUGGCAAGGAGAGGCUGAGGCUGGAGGAGUCCCAGGGACCGCCGGAGCUCAGGGCGCCGCCUGCGGAUUCCGAUGACGACGGCAAAGACGACAGGUCGUACCGAGAGAAGAAGCGCGACUACCAGUUCAAGCGGCUCAAGUACUUCUACGCCGUGGCCGAGUGCGACUCGGCCGCCACCGCCGCCAAAAUCUACCAGGAGUGCGACGGCUUGGAGUACGAGAGCAGCAGCUCCGUCCUGGACCUCAGGUUCAUCCCAGACGACAUGACGUUCGAGGAGCCCCCCCGAGACGCGGCCGCCGACGUCAACUUGGCGACGUACGCGCCCAAAUUCUUCACUUCGGCGGCCAGCGCCACCUCCAAGGUGGAGCUGACCUGGGACCAGACGGACCCGGAGCGCGUCAGCGCCCUCCGCAGGAAGUUCAACAAAAGCGAGCUUCUGGACAUGGACUUUGCGGCCUACCUGGCGUCGUCGUCGUCGUCCGGAGAGGGCGAGGAGGACGAGCCGGAGCCGGAGGGGGAAGACGGGCGGGACGCCGCCGCCACCGGCAAGAGCCAGGAGCAGCUGGACAAGUACCGGCGGCUGCUGGGAGGCCUCCGCCGCGAGCAGAGCGAGCAAAACAUGGAGAUGGAGGUCACCUGGGUGCCCGGCCUGAGGGAGGCGACGGAGCAGCUGGUGAAGAAGAAGCAGGAGCAGGAGCGCCGGCCCACCCCCUGGGAGGACUUCCUGCGGAAGAAGCGAGACAAGAAGAAGGCCAAGAAAAAUGGCAACAAAGAGCGCCACCAAGAGGACGGCCAGCCGGGUGACGACCGAUCGCCAGACCCCGCGGACCUCGACGAGCCUUUCUUCCGACGGGAACUCGUUGCCGCCGGCGGACGGGACGAGAAGAAGAAAAAGCGGGAUGAACGCGAGCGCGCCGGAGAAGAAGGAGGCGCCCGCGCUCGGGCCGAGAUGUCGCUGCUGAUGGACGACGAGGACGACGGCCGCAAACAUUUCAACUACGACAAGUUGGUGGAGCAGCAGAAUCUGAGCGGGAAGAAGAAGAAAAAGAUGCUGAAGAGCGGAGACGCCCCCCCCGAGGACAACUUCCAGGUGGACGUGUCGGACCCUCGCUUCCAGGCCGUGUUCACGUCCCACCUCUUCAAUCUGGACCCGUCGCACCCCAGCUACAAGCGCACGCGGGCCACGCAGAGUAUCCUGGACGAGAAGCGCAGACGCCGCGAGGAGGCGGACCGAGGCGGCGGCCAUGACGACGGCGAGGCUCGCGCGGUGCCCCGGGAAGGAGCCCAGCGGGACGCCGGCUUGUCCUUGCUGGUCAAGUCCGUUAAGAGCAAGACGCGGGACUUCCAAGCACGCAAGAAAGCCAAACGGAUUUGAAGGCCCCGGUCCGCUUCCCUGGAUGGAGGCCGAGCGGCCCCGCCCUCUUCGCAAGGCGGCCGGCUGGACCCGUUCGUCAGAACUUCCUCGCUUCCUUUUGGCUUUUUUUUUUUUUACAAAAGAAGGCGUGACCAAUUGCGUUUCCUCGUGCAAUCAUUUGCAUGUAUGACGCCUCGCGGUGAAUGAAUUCCUUUCUGGUAUUUGGCGACACCAUCUGUCCUUCGUGCAAUCUCUGAAAAAACAAACAAA